AUGGAGUCGGGCUUCAGCUCAGGGUACUGGUCAGUGUGGAUCGCAAGCCCGUUGUUGCACCCGACGAAAAACGCAAGCCCGUCUAGUGAGCAGUCCAUGUACACGAACAAGCCAGUGUCUGGGUCGUACCUGUGGAUAUCGAAACCGAGAGUCCUGGGAACCGUGAUAGAAACCAAGGUGUGGCCCACCAUAACCGAGUGGUCCCGAACUAUCCACCGUCACAAACCGCCUCACGUGGAAGAGAUCUCCCGACGGCUCAGCGACCACAAGGAAAUUGUACUCGGUACCCGGGGGGGGGUCGCGGAGGUCCCAAGCCUCCAGACGGGAGUCGGUGCAGCAGAAGAAGAGCUCACGCUCUUUGGAGUAAACCACCGAAGCAUAGCCGGUACCGUGGCCGAGAGCGGCCCACUUGCACUCGUGCCGGCCAUGAGGCGUGCAGAAGGCCAAUCUGUUGUCGGGACCGAAACGGUGGCGGCGGCGGCUGCGCGGCGGCUUAACAUGGCCAUGAAUUGA